AUGUAGUCCACAUGCUUUUCCCUCUUCUUGGAAGAAUCCACCUGGCAAGCAGUCUCUGAAAGAGGGAGCCAAAGGGAUCUUCAUUAAUUAGAAGUGCUGCAUGGCGGUCAAAAGAGGCAUACCAGCUACAUGGAAGCAGGAAACCACACAGAAGUAUCAGAAUUCCUCCUCCUGGGUCUCUCAGAGGAUCCUGAACUGCAGUCCCUGCUCUUUGGAGUGUCCCUGUCCAUGUACUUGGUCACUGUGCUUGGGAACCUGCUCAUCAUCCUGGCCGUCAGCUCUGACUCCCGCCUCCACACCCCUAUGUACUUCUUCCUCUCCAACCUGUCCUUUGUAGACAUCUGCUUCAUUUCUACCACCAUCCCGAAGAUGCUAGUGAACAUUCAGGCACAGAGCACAGACAUCUCCUACAUAGGAUGCCUCGCUCAGGUGUGUUUUUCUACAAUUUUUGCUGGAAUGGAUAAUUGCCUUCUGAGUGUGAUGGCAUAUGACCGGUUUGUGGCCAUCUGCCAUCCCCUGCAUUACAUGGUCAUCAUGAACCCACGCCUUUGUGGCCUCCUGCUCCUGAUGUCUUGGUUCAUCAUUUUAUCUGUCUCCUUGAUUGAUAUCCUACUGAUGAUGCAGCUAACCUUCUGCAUAGGCACUGAAAUUCCAAAUUUCUUCUGUGAACUGGUUCAGGUUCUCAGGGUGGCCUGUUCUGACACCCUCAUCAAUAACAUCUUCUUGUAUGUGGCCACUGCCCUGCUGGGUGUGUUUCCUCUCACCGGGAUCAUCUUUUCUUACUCUCAGAUUGUCUUCUCUUUAAUGAGAAUGUCCUCUGCAGGAGGAAAAUAUAAAGCAUUUUCCACCUGUGGGUCUCACCUCUCUGCAGUUACCUUGUUUUAUGGGACAGGCCUGGGGGUCUACUUAAGUUCUGCUGUGACCCAUUCUUCCCAGAGAAGCUCAAUUGCCUCAGUGAUGUACACCGUGGUCACCCCCAUGCUGAACCCCUUCAUCUACAGUUUGAGGAACAAGGAUGUAAAGGGAGCCCUGGGAAGGCUCCUUGGCUCAGUAGCCUCUAGUCCAUGGUGGGUCACUGGCCUCAGAACUUAGUGGAUAUUUUGGGCUCCAAUGGUAAGUCUUGCAAAUUUAAAUCUCCUUUUUCUUUUGCUCCCUAAAAGACACUCUUAAACUUUUCAAUUCCCAAAAAAACCCCAGGACUUCACAUUCAUUUUUGUACUAAUUUGUCCUCAACAACCUCCUCAGUAAUUCCUUUUUGACUUUUCUUCUCUAUAUGCUGUCCAUAAAGUUUCAUGUUUGGUCAGGUUGAUUUAGUCAUUCUUAUGUUUUCCUACUUGAGAUUUAAAGUGCUUAUCAUAUCAAGUGCUGAUGUGGUUUCUCCAAAAUUAUCCUCUCAAACAUUGAUGUUCUUCACUUUCAUUUGGUGGUGUGCUUGUUUUCCCUAUAAGAAAUGUAAUGAAAAUCAUACUGCCAUCUCAACAAAGUGCUUACCACUUAGGAUUGUGCUUGUUUCUUCACACGUAUGACUUUAUUUCAUCUUGAAAACAUUUCUUUGAGAUAUUUUCUUUCAUUCACCCCACUUUUCAAAAGAAGAAACUGAGAUUGAGUUGGACUAUAACCUACUUAACUGACACUGACUUUGCUAGCCUCCUUUUCAUAAGAACAGUGUUGUGAUUUUCAACUUCAAACCAGAAAUGGAGAUUUGAAAGCUGUAUUGUUCAAAUGAUUCAUAGAACUAUACCAUUGAGAAUUACUCUGAGAUGUUGCAUCAUUCUUUGUGAUCUUUCUUUCCAUUCUUUUUCCUUUCUUUCUUCCUUCUUUCCAUUCAUUCAUCCAUCCUUCCUUCAUUUUUCUCCUCCUUCCUUUCCUUCUUUUUUUACCUUUACUUACCAUCAUUGAAAUUUUAAGAUCGUGAUGAAUUUUCAUCAUCAUGAAAUUUUAAUUUGGGGGGGUACUUUCUGGAGCUGCCAUCAGAAAUGUUAGUUACACAUGUGUAUAAUGUGUUUAGAACUUAGCUUAAUUUUUGAGAAGAAUGUUUAUAGAAUUAAUUCUGCAGCGAAAGAUGGAGUAGUAGAUGCUGUCAUCAUUCCUCCCACAUUCCCUGGGAUCAUCUCACCAUCUCCAUUCCAUGACUGCCAAUGGCCAGGACCAGCUGGAACCUAUGUUAAUCAAUACAUCAUGGGAGAAGUGACAGGGAAUUAUACACAAUCAGAGGCAGCCCUUAAGGGAGCAUUUUAGGGUAUGCCUUGUCUUUUAUCCUUUAACUAGGGUAAUUCUGAGGUUUGAAUUUUGUACCAUUUUCCAGAAUUCCCCCAAUGAAUGAAAAUUCUGCUCAAUCACAGUCAUAGCUGACUUAAUGCAAGUUUAAUUUGAUGUAUUUUACACCUUGUGUCCACUUCUCGUCUCUCCCAUCCAUGUUCUUUGCUCCUUCCAAUAAAGUGAUUGCA